UUGAGCCAGUUGCUCGAAUAAAUGUUAUACUCAUUCAAACCUAGUCCAAGCAAGCCAAGCAUGAAUUCUUGCCAGCUCUUGUAUGUCUGGCUGAUGUUGCCGUUGGGUCUGGUCUCAGCCGGACGGGGCACCUUCACCCGAAAUAGCGACGAUGAAUUUCAAUUGCUUAUUGCCGGCGGCAUCAUACCGGACAACAGUAAAUAUACCAGGAGUAUUGUGUCUAUACGUACAUUGAAGUACAUUCAAUAUUAUGGCGAUAAUCAUUUCUGCACCGGCGUCAUCAUCAGCAGCCGGGCCAUCUUAACGGCGGCGCACUGUGUCACAGACCGGCAUAAGGCAAUUAUGAAUCCGCACGGCAUACUGGUCGUGUUUGGCACGUUGAAUCGUCUGGACGCCUAUGAUGAUGAUUAUAAGCGGCAUGUGGAUCGGGUUGAGCUGCAUCCGAAAUAUCGUCGUUAUAUUAACUACGAUGUGGCUAUAUUGUAUUUAAAGGAACGCAUGCCCGAAAAUAUAAGGUAUGCAAAGCCGAUAGCAAAACGAAGGCGUCUGAGAAUAGUUGAGGGCAUGAGCUGCAUCACCAUGGGCUGGGGUCAGGUCUAUCCGCAUGGCCCAUAUGCCAAUCAAUUGAUGUAUUUGGAUGUCACCGUUCGUAAUCAUGGAUUUUGCAAAGAUAUGGAAAACUUUGAAGCCGAGGGCAAUAUCUGUGUGGAGCCGUUUGCGGAAGGACAAAUUUGUGCCGGCGAUAUGGGCUCUCCGAUAUUGUGUCAGGGCUAUUUGGCGGGCAUUGCUGGUGGUGCACAGAAAUGCGAGGGCGUUAAGUCGAUCAAGUUUGUCAAUUACACUCAUGUGGAGAAAUGGAUAGAUAAAACUCUUCGGGCGCUCUCUGGCAGCAGCAAUUGCAUAUUGUCUCCAAUUCUUUAUGCGUUAUAUAUUAUGAUAGUUGCUUAAGCCUCAAAUUGAAAAGUCGUUGGCAGUGUCAGUGUUGGAAAAUGUAUCACUUUUGUAUAGAGUGUGCACAAAAAUAAUGUAUACCAGUUAAAUAUUUGUCCAUCUGGUAUUACUAAAUUUAAGGUGUUAAAUAAAUAAAUGCACCGAGCUG